UUGGUUUCUUCUCCUUUGCUUCUUCAGCGGAAUCCCCUCACCCCUUCUCCUCCCUUGGCUUCAUUAGUAAUCCAAAUCUCUCUCUCUCUCUCUCUAAAACUUUCUACAGAAUUUCAUCUCUCUUGAAUUUUCUCUCUCGUUUUCUCCGAGAAAAUUUCAUAUACAUUGGUGAUCUAUUUCUUCUUUAUUUUCCCUCUCGGAUCCUCCUUGUCAAUUUAGCAUCAUUGGUGAGUAAAGCCUCUCACAAUUUAAAGUCUUCUAAGAUUUUCCAUAAUCUUGGUGAUUGAAAAUUCCAGCUCAAGUGCCCCAGUUUUUCAUGAGGGUAGUUAUGAAGUAAAUAAAAGAAAAUUAAUUGACAAUCAAGCGCGUUGAAUUUAAUGCUUGGUCUCUGGAGUUCAAGUGGAGAGCUUCAAAAUGCUGUUGAAUCUCUCCCUGAUAUUCAGUUGCUCCUAUAAAGAAAAGUCGGUUUUCGAUGACAUCAAAUGUUGUAGGCUAGAAGAGUACAGUAUCACUAAACCACGCUCACAAGCUAAUGGCCAGCACUUCAUUGACAACUUAGACACCUCUACUUGGAGGUUUUUUAAGUUCCACUGAGAGAUUUUUUAUCAUAAUAAGUUGUGAAAUCAAUAAUGGAAAGAUAUAGAAUUUUGGAGGAGCUUGGAGAUGGCACUUGCGGCACUGUAUAUAAGGCCAUUGACUGUAGAACACAUGAGAUUGUUGCUGUUAAGAAGAUGAAGAGAAAGUUCUAUUUUUGGGAAGAAUAUUGGAGAUUACGAGAAAUUAAGAAGUGCCUUCUCCAGGUCCUCCGAAAACUGAAUCAUCCCAACAUCAUAAAAUUGAAAGAGGUUGUCAAGGAAAAUGAUGAGGUGUUCCUCAUAUUUGAGCACAUGAGUUUUAAUCUCUACCAAAUGAUGAGAGAACGACAAAGGCCCUUUUCUGAAGACGAGAUACGGAGCUUUAUGUCUCAAGUACUUCAUGGACUUGAUCAUAUCCAUAAAACUGGAUAUUUUCAUAGAGAUCUGAAACCUGAGAAUUUGCUGGUGACAAACGAUGUCCUUAAAAUUGCUGAUUUUGGCCUGGCUAGAGAAGUGUCGUCAAUGCCUCCUUACACUGAAUAUGUUUCCACACGAUGGUACCGAGCGCCAGAAGUCUUGCUACAGUCCAAGUUUUACACUCCUGCAGUCGACAUGUGGGCAGCUGGCGCAAUCCUAGCUGAGCUUUUCACUCUGUCUCCUAUUUUUCCUGGUGAAAGUGAAAUAGAUCAGCUGUUAAAGAUAUGCUGUGUUCUUGGUACACCAGACAUGACUGCUUUCCCCGACGGGGUAAAUACAUCCCGAUUAUGUGGGAUUACAAGUUAUGAGAAGAUAUUGCCUGCGAACCUGUCUGAUAUCAUUCCCAAUGCAAGCCCAGAAGCUAUUGAUUUAAUCAGGCGACUUUGUUCAUGGGAUCCAUCAAGGAGGCCAGGUGCAGAGGAGUCAUUACAGCAUCCUUUCUUCCAUGCGGGUUGGAUUCCUCGUUUACUCGGUGAUCCACUUGAGCUAAACUUGAGUAAUAUGGUGGCAAAGCCAAAUCUUGAGUUGAAAUUAUCAAACUUUGGUGCUGAACCUGAUGACUGCUUUCUUGGCUUGACGUUAGCUGUAAAUCCCAGUGUUCCAAACUUGGAUUUGGUUAGAGAUGUAUCUCAGGGUAGGGACAAGGAUGCAUUAUUUCGCUCUGGUUUAGAAGAUCACAGAGAACAAUCAGUUUUUUUGUCGCUGAUUUCACCGGAUAGAACCGGAAUUCGUGCCCCAGUAGAGACAUCAUUUUCUGUAUCUUUCAGUUCAAUUCAACACCCAUCAUCAAUCAGAGGAUCACAAUCAGCUGGGUUCUCUAUUCCAGCGUUGCAGCCUAACAUCUUAGACGGUCCCUUUUUGGGCAUUUCCCCUCCCUUCCCUCGAAGGUCAUUGCCUCUGAGUGAUCGACUUAAAUGAUCUAAUGGUGAUCUAAUAACGUGGGGCCGCUAUUUGUUUUAUUUUAUUUCUUUCUUGUACAGCUCGCUCUAUUAAGCACCUCUAAUCUCUCCUUUAUAUUGUGGAAUGUAAGGUUCGGAUUCCGGGAAAAUACAUAUAAUGGAAAUAGUUUUCGACAGGAACUUUUAUAGCAGAAA